AUGGAAUACGAAAUCAAAGAUUGCGAGUUUCGGCUCUUUGGCAGGCUCUUCCUUCCAUAUCCAGAGGAGUACCUGACAAAAGAGGAAACAAAAAAUCUGCAGCAACUGUUACCAUACCUUCAGAGGUUUGAGAGAGCAUCGCCUUCUGAAUACACCGGACCCGGGGCAGUCGAUGACGACGACGUACGCAAGAACUUUGUAGUUUUCAAAGGACUUGAAGUUAAAUCAUGGUUACCAACCCUGAAAGCCGAGCAGGAAAUCGUCGCUCCGUCAGGGUCCAUCAAAGCCAAGAUUGGCAUCCACCUUCAUCACCCAAGCUUCGUAACGGACUACGGCGUCGAUGGAGAAGUCUGCGAUUCGUCAAACAGCUGCAUGCAAUUGGUUAUCGGCAAAGGGUUCAACCAAAAGAACGCUUUCUGGUUCGAUCAUUUUUCAAGACGUGAGCCAAAGUCUCAUGCUAUGAAAUCCUACAACGCUGGCACCAUAGCUUGCCACGAGGACUGGUGCCGAUUUUUGCGAGAACAUAUGCACGCCAAACUUGAGAUAGUCUGGGGCACAGCCAACUACAAGCGCUUAACUCAAAGCCUCGACCUUUCGGCUCUUCCACUCUGGGGUCCAUUCAAAGGUAUCGAGGUUUACUUGGAUUGGAUGGAGAAAGAUGCAGACCUUGAUUUGCACAACCGUCCCGAUUACGAAGGAAAGAUCAAAAUGAUUCGUCGCUUGAUCUUAUUCGUAUACCACCCGGAGUUCUUCUUGCACAACUACGACCCAAACCUCGCUUGGCUUCAAGACCAAAAAAUUAAUGCAGCUGCUGUGCUGGCCGGUGUAGAGGUCGAUACAUGUUACUUUGUUAACAGAACGAAGCGAUUGAAGAGACAGCAAGAUGCUCAAGACAAACUUGAAAUAUCUGAUGGAACCUCAGAGAAACCGCUCGGCCGUGUUCCACUCAAAGGCCGCAUGAGAACGCAGCUGCUAGAGCUAGCGGAGAGACUGUUCAAUACUACGUGGUCCAAGGAGGAUGAAAUAUACAUCUUCGCAGAUCUACCAGAGCCUAUGAAGCACUGGUUACAAAGCGGACAGGCUGGUUUCUCUGGCGAUCCAAUUACAAAUGCGGAUAGUCUGGCACAUGCAUACCAGGAAGCAUUCCAUCCUGAUCAAGUCCGCAACGAUGUGCAAUAUGGCUUGAAGCGUAUGGUUUUUAGCUUAUUCUGCCGGCAUCAAUCGUCUUCCCAGAGAAAUAUGGUGUUCCACACGAUCGCUAAGUUUGUGGAAGUUCGUACAAAUGUGGUGGUUCCCCUCAAGUGCUCUGGUUGCUCGAGAGUACUUCAUUCGGAUAGGGUAGCGCGCUUCUGCCAAGCCAGACCCGAGAUCUAUGUCGCCCGCGAAACUAGAGCUUGUCGGUCUUUGACAUGUGGAACUUCUCGGCGAUUCGCAAUUCCUCGGGACGAGGGCGUUCCCUGGAUUCGACCAGACAAGAAAUUACUCUCCCGCAUUUCAAACGAAAACUCACUGUCUUCGCCCAAGCUUGAGCCCCAGGGGCCAUCAACAGAUACAGGCCUGACAGUCAAGGUUCAAGACGUUAGCAAAGCCAGUACUGUGAUUUCCACAACAGAGCAUCUUGAACUGCCACCAAACCUACAUCCUUUGAAGCGUGCAACACCUUCUUCUUUGAAAGAAAAUGUGCCAAUUGUGGGAGACGAUGGAUACCCGAUGAAGAACCCCGCUUCUGGUCAGUGGAUACACGCCUCUACAUUGCCCGACAAUCAAUGUGUAACUCAGACAAGUGCAAUGGGCGAACGCGUUGGAUGA